AUGGUAGACCAAGGCCAACAAGCCUUUGUGGACAUCCGGCCACUCCUCCAUCGCCUCUGGCCCGAUCCCGCCAAGGAAAACGUAACAGCUAAGGAAAUUGCCGACGCCCUCUCCCUCAUCUUUGUCAACAAGCUCAGCCCCGUACAAACCGGGUCGCUACUCACGGCUCUGCACUUCACCGGCUUGGACCGACGCCCCGAUGUCCUCGCCGAGGCCUCAGCUGCGAUGCGCUCUCACGCAGCGGGUAUCGACCUCACCAGUCUCGAAUCUGUUAUUGCGAGGCGUCGGAGGCCCGAGGGUAAGUAUAACGGUGGGCUGUGCGACAUAGUUGGUACAGGCGGAGACUCCCAUAACACGUUCAACAUAUCCACCACCUCCUCUAUCCUCGCUUCCUCCUUACUUUUGCUCGCUAAGCACGGCAACCGCGCCUCGACCUCCAAAUCCGGGUCCGCGGACCUUCUCAUGAACAUGCAACCCAAACCUGCACAGUUAAACCGCAUCAAUCCCUCCACCAUCUCCACCGUCUACGGCGCGAGCAACUAUGCCUUCCUCUUCGCCCCCGUCUUCCACCCGGGAAUGCGCCACGUAGCACCCGUACGCAAAGAGAUCGGCUGGCGCACAAUCUUCAACCUCCUUGGGCCUCUCAGCAACCCGCUCUCCUCCGCCAUCGAAGCGCGUAUGCUCGGCGUCGCGCGCGACGACCUAGGCCCCGUCUUCGCAGAAGCGCUACGGCUCUCCGGGGCUAAGAAAGGGUUAGUCGUAUGCGGCAAGGAGCAGCUAGACGAGGUAUCCUGCGCAGGCCCGACAUUAUGCUGGCAGCUCGUUGAGCACGCGAACGGGAACGUCGACGUUGAGCACUUCACACUGGAGCCAGCGGACUUCGGCCUAGCCGCGCAUCCGCUGGACACCGUGUCCCCCGGCAAAGAACCCCACGAGAAUGCGGAGAUCCUGCGGAAGCUGCUGCAAAACGAGCUCCCCCGCGACGACCCGAUCCUCGAGUUUGUGCUUAUGAACACUGCCGCGUUCCUGGUCGUCGCAGGCGUGUGCGAUGCUGAUGAGAGUAGCAUGGGACCGGGGGACGACGGCAAGAUUGUAAAGGAGGCCGGGCCCGGAGGCGGGAGAUGGAAGGAAGGUGUGAGGAGGGCAAGAUGGACGGUGGAGAGCGGGGAGGCUUGGAGGCAGUGGAGUGCCUUUGCGGAGGUUACCAAUAGCCUGCCUGCCUGA